GAAGGUCAAACACUAUGCGUAACAUUGGAAGCUUCUUGAGUUUUGUUGUAAUUGCAAUGCUAGCAGCUGCCUUGCAGCCGCCAAGAUGUCCAGGAGGUUGCCAGGGCUGGAAGCAGGCUGGCUAGUCCGAAAGUCUAGCAUUGAUCCAGUUUGUUGGUUAAUUAAAUGCAAUUUAAUGUAUCAAAAGAAUAAAAACCAAUAAACAAUUUAAGAAAAUGUA